CCGGCCCGGUCCCCGCCGAUCCUCCGCGCGCCCAUGGCGGGGAAGCUGCUGUCCCUGCUGCCGCCGCUGCUGCUGGCCGCCGUGGGCCUCGCCGGCCUCCUGCUGCUCUGCGUCCCCACGCGCGACGUCCGGGAACCGCCGGCUCUGAAGUAUGGCAUAGUCCUGGAUGCCGGCUCUUCGCACACAUCCAUGUUUAUCUACAAGUGGCCAGCGGACAAGGAGAAUGACACGGGCAUCGUGGGCCAGCACAGCUCCUGUGAUGUUUCGGGUGGGGGCAUCUCCAGCUACGCGGAUGACCCUGCCAGGGCCGGCCAGAGUCUGGUUGAAUGUCUUGAACAGGCGCUUAGGGAUGUGCCCAAAGACCAACAUUCCAGAACGCCGCUCUACCUGGGCGCCACAGCGGGCAUGAGGCUGCUCAAUCUCACCAGUCCCGAGGCCUGUGCCGGUGUGCUUGGGGCGGUGACUCAGACGCUGACCCAGUACCCCUUUGACUUCCGUGGUGCGCGCAUCCUCUCUGGCCAGGAUGAGGGAGUGUUUGGCUGGGUGACUGCCAACUACCUGCUGGAGAACUUCAUCAAGUAUGGCUGGGUGGGCCGGUGGUUCCGGCCAAGGAGGGGGACGACGGGGGCCAUGGACCUCGGCGGUGCCUCCACGCAGAUCACCUUUGAGACAGCCAGUCCGGCCGAGGACCCAGCCAAUGAAGUCCACCUGCGGCUCUACGGCCAGAAAUACCGAGUGUAUACUCACAGCUUCCUCUGCUACGGCCGAGACCAGGUCCUGCAGAGGCUGCUGGCCAGCGCCCUCCAGACCCAUGGGUUCCACCCUUGCUGGCCAAGAGGCUAUUCCUCCCAAGUGGUGCUUGGGGAGGUGUACCAGUCACCAUGCACAGCGAGCCAGCGGCCCCCCGGCUUCAACAGCAGCACCAGGGUCAGCCUGUCUGGGAGCAGCGACCCCAUCCUCUGUCGCAGCCUUGUCUCCAGCCUCUUCAACUUCUCCUCCUGCCACUUCUCCCUGUGUUCCUUCAAUGGGGUCUUCCAGCCCCCCGUGGCUGGGAGCUUCAUCGCCUUCUCUGCUUUCUACUACACCGUGGACUUCCUCAGAACUGUGAUGGGACUGCCUGUUGCCACCCUGCAGCAACUCGAGGCGGCCUCCGUCACCCUCUGCAACCAGACCUGGGCCGAGCUGCAGGCCCAGGCGCCGGGGCAGCAGGCCCACCUGGCCAGCCACUGCGCCACCGCCGUGUUCGUGCACCAGCUGCUGAGCCGCGGCUACGGCUUCGACGAGCGCACCUUUGGGGGCGUGGCCUUCCAGAAGAAGGCCGCGGACACGGCGGUAGGCUGGGCGCUGGGAUACAUGCUGAACCUGACCAACCUGAUCCCCGCCGACCCGCCGGGGCUGCGCAAGGGCACGGACUUCAGCUCGUGGGUGGCCCUGCUCCUGCUCUUCGCCGCGCUGCUCCUGGCCGCGCUGCUCCUGGUGCUGCGCCAGGUGCGCUCGGCCAAGGCCACCAGCGCCAUCUAGGGUCGCGCGGGGAGCUGCCGGGCCCCGCACCCACCCUGGUGGGGG